AAACACAUUCAAACUUUAGCAAAUCAUCCUACAAUAGUUUCAAGAGACCUGCAAAGAUGCCGUGUCUUACUUCAGCCCGUAGACAGAGGAUACCGAGCGACUUUGAGUCAGUGCUGGAGAAAAUCCUCAUGGUGGACCAAAUUCUGUCUGAGUUUGUGUUGAGUAAAGAAGAGCUGGAGGAGGUGAUGAGGCGAAUGCGGAGAGAGAUGGAGAGAGGACUGCGUGUGGAGACACAUGAUGAAGCCAGUGUCAAAAUGUUGCCCACGUAUGUCCGGUCCACACCUGAAGGCUCCGAGGUUGGUGAUUUCCUGGCACUGGAUCUUGGAGGGACAAAUUUUCGAGUGAUGCUUGUGAAAGUGGGUGAGGAUGAAGAGCGAGGCUGGAAGGUGGAAACCAAACAUCACAUGUACUCCAUCCCUGAAGAUGCCAUGACCGGCACAGCUGAAAUGUUGUUUGAUUACAUUGCCGGCUGCAUAUCUGACUUCCUGGACAAACAUAAUCUCAAACACAAGAAGCUACCACUGGGAUUCACCUUCUCUUUUCCAGUGCGUCACGAGGAUUUGGACAAGGGGAUUCUUCUGAACUGGACUAAAGGCUUCAAGGCCUCUGGCGCUGAGGGCAAUAAUGUUGUGGGUCUUCUGAGAGACGCCAUCAAAAGAAGAGGGGACUUUGAAAUGGAUGUGGUGGCCAUGGUGAACGACACAGUAGCCACCAUGAUCUCCUGCUACUAUGAAGACCGCAGCUGUGAAGUCGGCAUGAUAGUAGGUACAGGCUGCAAUGCGUGUUAUAUGGAGGAGAUGCGUAAGGUGGAGCUGGUUGAAGGAGAGGAGGGCCGGAUGUGUGUGAACACAGAAUGGGGGGCAUUUGGGGACCACAGUGAACUGGAGGACUUCAGGCUGGAAUACGACCGUGUUAUUGAUGAGACGUCACUCAAUCCUGGACAUCAGCUGUACGAGAAGCUGAUUGGUGGGAAGUACAUGGGUGAGCUUGUGCGUCUUGUGCUGCUCAAACUGGUGAAUGAAGAUCUGCUGUUCAACGGCGAAGCCUCAGACCUGCUGAAAACGCGAGGAGCUUUUGAAACACGCUUUGUCUCCCAGAUUGAGAGUGACACAGGGGACAGAAAGCAGAUCUACAACAUCCUCAGUUGUCUGGGAAUCCUGCCAUCAGAGCUGGACUGUGAUAUUGUGCGUCUGGCGUGUGAGAGUGUGUCUACGCGAGCGGCUCACCUGUGCGGGGCAGGACUCGCCGGCGUCAUUAACCUCAUGAGAGAGCGACGCUGCCAGGAGGAGCUAAAGAUCACUGUGGGGGUGGAUGGAUCUGUCUACAAACUACACCCUCAUUUCAAGGAACGUUUCCAUAAGCUUGUGUGGGAAUUGACUCCUCACUGUGAAAUUACCUUUAUCCAGUCAGAAGAAGGCAGCGGUCGUGGAGCGGCGCUCAUUUCUGCUGUGGCGUGCAAGAUGGCCGCCUGCAUGCUGACGCCUUGAUAAAACACACAAUUGGACGACUUCAGGUGGAUCUCUUGAAUCACCGCUGACCUGCUAUGAUAAAGCGGUCCCAGAAAGCCUUCUUAUGGUCAAAGCGCUUCUCUCCUUUUGAACAUUGCAUUGCGUAUGUGAAGUGGCCGACUGCUGGCAACAUGUAUUUGCCAGAUGCGCACAACUCACUAAAAUAUUUAACAUAUGUAUCAUUUUAAAGCUGUAUUUGCUGUUGAAGACAACAUACGUCAUUUGUUAUUGCUGUUGUCCUGAGUACAUUCAGGAAAUUAUAUUUAACUAGCACCUUCAUGGAUGUUUUGGGAGGCUUGGAGAGAAGCGGAGGGAACUUGAUUCGAUUGUAAAUAUAUGGGCUGUACAGGCUCUGCAAGGUAAUUGUGCACUGUUUAUUGCUUGUUUUAUUUAUUAACUUAAAUUAUCUUUUUAUUCUGUGGAAAUCAGAACUGUUUGAUUAUUUUCCACAGGGUCUGAAUUUACUUUGUACACGUGCAAAUGAUUCAUUAUUGUAAAUAAAGCUGAUGAGCUAUUGAGU